UAUUGCUGUCAUAUAUCACGCUACCUCGUAAAAACGACACUGAGGAUUCUGAGCCAACAAAUCAGAGAGGGAAAAAAAUAUGAGUUCUUAUUAUGUGGAUGGUCUUCUUAGCGCAUAUACGGCGGCUGCUCUUUUUCCGAAUGCGGAGCGGGCUUCUUGUCGUGCUGGAUCCAGUGGAGAGGACUAUGGCUCGGCUAGGAGUGCUGCGGCCAUUGCGCUCACACCGUCCCUGUCUGGAGUCUACAGCGUCAAUAAUGCAGUAUACCAGGGCCGCCCCGUGUUUACCUCGGGCUACAGCCAGGUGCACGAUGCGCACACACUGCACUGCAGCCCGUUUGACCAGAGCCGCAUAUUCACCGAGAGCUGCCGCAAUCCGGGGCCGGGACCCCUCACCUCUCCGCCGGACAAACAUUACCGCUUGUACCCCUGGAUGAGAGCAUCAGACCCAAGUCGUAAGCGGGGGCGACAGACCUAUUCCCGAUAUCAGACCCUGGAGCUGGAGAAGGAGUUCCACUUCAACCGGUACCUGACCCGCAGGCGGAGGAUCGAGAUUUCCCAUGCUCUCUGCCUCUCAGAGAGACAGAUCAAAAUCUGGUUUCAGAACCGCAGGAUGAAGUGGAAGAAGGACAACAAGGGCGAAGCGGUGCCAAACGACAGCGACACCCAGGCUGUGUGCGAGGCCGGGGGGCCCGAAACCGAAGACACCCGGGGCCCCGAGGGGCUGGAGUCAGAAACGGCUGCAAAGUAAAGAAUGAGUCAGAAAUUUAAAAAAAAUCCGAGCGUGAAUGAAAGCAACACAGUGUUGAAUAUGAGUUAUGAACAGAACAGAGGCACCAUUCAUUCACGCCAGCUUCACAAGCUCAUUAAUUGAAUGACAGCUUAGGGUUAAUGUAAUAAAAUUUAACAGUAGACAGUAUAAAAUCUGCAUUUCAUAUUUAUACUGAAAAUGCUUUUAAAGAGGCUCUGCAUGAAAGAGUGACGUUAAACUACCUAUUUAAACUCUAUUUUUCUAUGCGCAACACCUGCGUAAAAUGAACCUGAUCAUACUACUGAAACAACAUUCCUUGAACUAAAAACUACCCAGUUUCUACCAGAUCAUAUCAAAAACACUGACGAAUUCCAAAUAUCUCGAAAUGUGUUGUAAAUUAAUCUAAUCUACCCACUCCAUUAUUUUUUUCCCUCGCGGUUAUGUUUCUAAAGGGAACAAAUACAAUAUUGUGCGUAAAUGUGCCUUACUUGAAUAAUGCAAUGUUUAGUUUUUUUGUCUCCAACUGCAAUGUAGAUGUUUAGUAUGGCUGUAAUAUUAUUUUUAUGACC